AUGUUGAAAGUGUUGGCCUGCGGUGUUUUAGCUUUUCCUGGAUUAUUCUUUUUCCUCAGGAAAGCGCUCUCCUCUACUUUCAGACAGUGGAGCGAUGCUGACGUGGUGUUUGUCAGCGAGAAGCUGGUGUCCUCCCUCCAUGCAAUCCUGGCCACAGGAGCUGGGGUUAUCAUUGUUACCUCUUGCAACAAUGUGAUGACUGACAGACACUGGCUUGCCACCGACUUUGUGUGGUUUGGAAUACCCUACAUGUCUUAUGACAUCUAUGCCAUGUACCUGAGCCACUUCUACACUUAUCAGGUCAAAGGGUACAAGGAGUACAGAGAGCAUUCUCUCCACACACUUAAAGCCUUCCUCCGCCGGGACUUCCUGCUUGUCCUCCACCACGCUGUGUUGUUGACCAUCUUUCUACCCAUCACUCUGUUCUUCCGGAGAGAUCUGGGAGAUUUCUUCAUCGGCUGUCUCUUCAUAGCAGAGUUCAGUACUCCCUUUGUCUCACUUGGGAAGAUUCUCAUCCAGCUGGGGCUGCAGGAGGUUUGGCUGUAUAAGGCGAACGGCCUGAUGGUGCUGCUGAGUUUCUUCGCGUGCCGCAUCGCGCUCUUCCCCUACAUGUACUGGGUGUACGGGCGGCACGCCGGCCUCCCCUUCCACAGCGUGCCCUUCCACCUGCCGCCCUGCUGCAACCUGGGAAACCUCUGCAUCCUCGCGCCGCAGCUCUACUGGUUCACUCUGCUGUGCCGCAAGGCGCGCCGCACCUACCUGCGGCAGGGCAAGCCCAGGCACCCGCCCCCCGUCACUGGUAGCUCGAAGGGAGACUAG